UCGGUGCCAUGGAAAACAAAAGGGCCCCGGGGGACGGGGAGGGGAGGAGAAGCCCGACGAGGGCCGGGGGAACCGGCCAUCCCGUUUUCCCCUAUUCCAGAGGAGCGAAGGCGACCGGGCUCCAUCCACCUCGAAGCUGCCGAAGGAAGGAUGAGGCCCCUGCUCUGUUGCCUGGGGCUGGCUGCGCUCCUGGGGCCCUGCCUGGCCUGUCCCAGCGCCUGCUCCUGCUCCACCAAGAAGAACGGGCGGCUGUUGGCCGAGUGUGCCUACAAGGACCUCCAGGAGGUGCCCGAGGGGUUGUCCUCCAACGUGACCAUCCUCACCUUGUCGGCCAACAGGAUCGGCUGGUUGGGGCAAGGCUCCUUCGCUGAGGUUCCCGAAGUGCAGUCGCUGUGGCUGGGCUACAACCAGAUCGGGGUGGUGGAACCAGGGGCUUUUGCCUUGUUGCUGCACCUGAAGAACCUGGACCUGAGCCACAAUAAGAUUGCGGAUUUCCCCUGGCAGGACCUGCGUAACCUCAGCGGUCUGCAGAUCCUGAAGAUGAACAACAACCGCCUGGCCGGGCUGCCCCGGGAUGCUUUCCGUGCCUUGAAGGACCUGCGCUCCCUCUGGCUCAACGACAAUGAGUUGACCACCUUGGCCGAGGGCACCUUUGACAACCUGCCCUCCCUGUCCCAGCUGCAGAUCUUCAACAACCCCUUCAACUGCUCCUGCAAGGUCUUCUGGCUGAAGAAGUGGACCGAGAACACCUCCGUCUCCAUCACCAAGGGGGGGUCUACCCUGUGUGUGGCUCCCGGCAGGCUGAAGGGCAGGGCGGUGACGGACAUCCCCGACCACCACUGCAUUGCCCCCUCUGUGCAGCUCACCUACCUCUCCAACCUGGACAACACCGUCAUGUACGAUGGCCUCACCCUGACGCUGCACUGCAGCGUGGCAGGCAGCCCUCCACCAGAGAUCAGGUGGAAGAUCCAGACCUCCAGCCGCCGCAUUGAGAUCAAUGGGCCCAACGUGGCACGGGAUGGAAGCGUCAAGCAGAGCCAAGAGCGCUUCCUGGUCUUCAAGAACGGCACCAUGGCCAUCCCCAACUUCAGCAAGGAGAACGAAGGCAUUUACACCUGCCUUGCUGUCAAUGACGUGGGCACGCGGGAUGUCUCGGUCAACGUGGCCUUGGCUGGGUCGGAGAAUCCAGCUGAAGACCUGCUCCGAGAUGACCCCCAAGCCAGCCACCUUGGGGGUCAGAGCUGCUACAAGGGGGAUGAAAUGGAUCCCUCUGGUGCUGGAGAAAAGCUGGUGAUUGUUUACCACAUGCCGAGGGAGUCGAAGAGCAGAGCUGGAGGAGCGGUGCCCCGGGUCUGCCUGGGGACCCUCCUGCUGGCUUUGGGCAUCGCACUCUGCUGUUAAAGGGGGGAGAAGGAAAUGGUGCCUUGAGGGUUCCCCCUCUUUCUGUAGCAUUUAUCUUCACGUAGUGCCAUGCCUUUGCUGAGCUUCUGGGAACUGCGGGUGGUCAGGAGUCAAAGGGGGCCAAGACUCAGGCCCAGGGCUGGUAGAUCAACCCCUUCUUAGAUGGGGUCAGGGCUGGGCUCCGUUAGUCGAGAGCUUCAAACAAGCUCGGGUGAUGCAGAGCAGAUCCUCACUGUGCUGCCGCUUUCUAGGCGUCCAAAUUUGCCACGUCCUGACUUAUCUCCCUCCUGAGACCAAAGUGCGGCUGUAGGAUUAAAGUCCACCCUCAACAGGGUGACCAUCACCCAUCCCCAGAGCCCACCACCCUAAGGCCUCCUCCACCCGCAGCAGCAAGCUGUGCCCAGGGAGGGGAUCUCUCACAAAGAGGGUCCCAUUGGUCCAGCAGCACCAAAGAUGACAUCCCCACCAUGACAAGCGCCCGGGCCCUUGGCCAGGCCCAUCCUUCCUACCACCAACCUCACGGGAAGCACCAGGAUCAGUCUGAGAGUGGGGGAAUAGCCUGGGCAUGGGUUCCCAGGGCACGUGGCUCUGGGGGACAGAGAUAUGAUGGUGCUUUGCAAGCAGGACGGGUGCGGUAGGACACGUUGGAUGGUGCCACAGGCUUGGAUCAGGCUGCUUUUGUGGAGCAGGAGAAGCUUUUCCAUAGGCUUCAUCCCUGCAGGAGCACAAAAGGCUCCUACUGGCUAGGUGCUGGGAGCACCCAUGGUGCCUGCACCCUCCCUGCAUGUUGCAGGAUCAGGCCCUGCUACCCUCAGUACCUCUCCCAGAUGUGAUGCAGCUGAUUUCCAAGCCCCCCCCUUCCCUUUCACUGCUGAAGCCUGCAGUCCAAAACACUCGGCUGGGCUGGACCCACCGAGCUGCCCUGCUCUGGCUCCAACCCCAGCAGGGAGGGAUUGAGCUCAAAGAGACCAAAAUAAUUUCCCAGGGCUCCUCUGAUGGGAAAGUGAGUGGGGGCUGCAUGAUGGAGCAGGAGGAAGAAAGACUGGGGAAACCCAGAUGACAGAGAGAGAAGCUGAGCUGACCUAUAAGCCAUAAACACACUCUUUAAGUGCUUUAGCAUUCCCACACGGGACAUAUGGACUAUACCCGGCUGCCCCAGGGUGCUGGGGAACCCCUUGUCUCAUGGCAGGGGGCUGAGCAUCUCCAUCUCCCCGACCCCGAGGCACGGACGGUCCAGCUCUCGUGCCUUCUGCCAGCGCUCGCCUGCAGGAGCCAGACAGACCCCUGCAGCCACCCUCGCCUUAUAACCAAAACUGUACGGACAGCAAUAAAUACUUUUUUUUUUUUUUUUAAACAAGCCAGUGCAUGCUGCCUCUGUGCACCCCCAAAACCCCCCAGACCCAACAGCAUCUGGGGUACCACAGCUCAUCACCAACCCUCUUUGCUCAAGGGGAACCCCCUUUCACCCCCGGUUCCCCCAAAGCCCUUCCAGUGCUGCAGCAUCCCCCCACGAUGACUCUGGAGGGAGGAUGCAUUUAUAGGUCACCCAAAACUCCCCCCAUUGCUGCUUGCAGCAGGCAGGGGAAGGCACCAAUGCCAAAAUCAGCUGAAAAGCAGCUGUCCCGGAGCCUCAAGCCUCCACACAAGCUCUCCAACCCCACGAUUCAAUGUCCAGCCAGCUCACAGGGCAAGGAAAGGGGCAGUCGAGGAGCUGCCGUAUGCCAACACCAACACUGUCCGGGUAUGGCGCCGAGGUCUCCGCGGGGGUCCCGAGGCAGAACCAGCCUAGAAACAGCCAGCAGCUCCUCGCACGAACGGCCUUUGCUGCUAACAGGCAGGCACAUAUUUUUCCCAUUACAGGCAGAAAGGAUGAAAAACAUCACGGCCCCAAUGAGAGUUUUGGUUUCAUUUUGUAGGAUGCAGCUUUUAACAUGAAUUUUAUCCCAGCUGGGGUCCUCCCUUCCCUGCCUGGGAAUAGGGGGGGUACAGGAGCUUAUUCCUGCAAACUCAGCUGGGAACAGGAUUUGAAGCCUGGGAUAAGGGUAAACAAUAAGAUUUAAGCUCCCAGCAGCCCUAAGCCAUGCCUGAAAGUCUCUGCCCACCUCACAGAGCUGCUGCCCCCCCCCCCCCAGCUUUGGUGUUUUGUUGCCAGAAAGGUGAAUUCCUCCACGUUCACCAAGUUUACUCAUAGCUUUUAUAGCAAGUUAUUAGCCAUGUUAAGCAUUGCUCAUUCAUAACAAAGAGGGCAUCCUGCCACGUGGUUCCUGGGUUGGAUGCUGCAGGUGAUAGCGCACUUGGCAUCACCAUCCUGACCCACCGCGGCCACCAGCUGCUGCAAGGCUGGGAUGCCACAACCCCCGUUCAGCUCCUCUCUGUCCCUCACGCUUGCAAAGCCACAGCACAACCCAGACCUGAAUUUCCAUUCACAGGCAAUUUUUCAUUAAGGGCUCCCUGAACCACCUCACCAUUGAUGGGUUCAGGGGUUGGGUGGAGAGGACUGCGGGUGUGCAGGGACAGAGCUAUCGCAUGGCCAUACUGAUGGUGGGGGUUUAGAGAAGAGGUGAGAAGCCACCAUGAAGAAGAGCAGCUCAGUUCACCCCCAGGGUACCCUGCUUAUGUCAAAGAAGGGAAAGAAAACAAGCAAAGCAAUGAAGCCACCUCCGGUCUUCCUCCCAGGGCUGUCAUCUCUCACCUCGGCCCCAGCCUGCCGCCUGCCAAGACAUCUCCAGGAAGCCUCGGGCAGGGCUGCGUAAACAGAUGCUGAAAUCCAGCUCCACCCGUGGCCCAGAGCUGCCAAAGAUUUUAGGGAUUACCAAGGCUGCCUUCAAAGCCCCAGCGCCUGGGAGGCUGGAGAUGGGUUGGGAUGGGCUGCAAGGGAAAGGUGCAGCCUUUGCUUUAGAGCAUCCCUUUACACAAUACACACAGGAUGUCCAGCACCCACCAGCGCCGCAUCUCUCCCACGCUCAGACAUGCAAACACAAGCACGCACACCGCAAAGCCCAGAGUGGGGAAAGCAGCAGAAAUUACACCUUGGGCUCCUGCUGUCUUAAAAAGAAAACAACCCAGAUCUGCCUCCGGUGCCACCGCUGUCACCCAGUUAGAUGACAUUGUACUAUGUGCCAGACAGUAAUCAAAUACGAUUAAGACAGCGCUGUUUUAAUCGUAUUUGAUUAGUGGACAGUGGAUGUGACAGGGUUUUGAGCAUCCAAGCACAGCGGGUGGCUGUUGGGGCAGCACAAACAGGCAGAAGUUGAAGGCAGGGACCCCCCCCCUUUCUUCACUGGGAUAGAAAAGGAGGGGGGCAGGCUCCUGGGGAAAGGGAUGGCUCCCACCCAGGAAGCUUCAAUGUUGUGGGGAGAUGUGAGGACACUCCAGGCAAACCCCAAAGCACAGGGCUCAGCCUCACUCACCCCAAACCACACCGAUGGUGCUGCAUGCACCCCAGCAAGAGGGCAUGGGGUCCCUGAAAGCCUGUGAAGAGCAGGUCUGCUCGCCUCCAAGGAGAUCCCUGGGGCGAAGGGCUCAAACCCCAUCGAGCAAAGGGGAUGGCCCAGCAGCCCUGCUCCAUGCAGGGUGGGCUGCAAAGUCUCAAAGGCACCUGCUUUAGCAAGGCUGAGGUGCUGAGUUGGUAUUGAGAUGGAAGAGUAAAGAGCCACCAGUACAACUUACCAAGAGCCCUCCUUGCUGCCCGCAACAGCGGGCUGACGCCAGGCAUCCUUCCAGCCCACAAAGGCAGGACUUUCAAGGGACACGUCAUGGGAAGAGGUGUUCUGGCAACACAUUGGACGCUUACCUUUGGUGCUUUAGCCACAAAAUGUCCUGUUUCAGUUCCCAACCUUUGUGGGAGCUGUGGUUCAGGGGCCAAAUGUUUUGAUGGGAAAGCAAAUUGAUCAGCUUUGCAUUAACAUUUCCCUAAGGUGGGGAGGGGGAUCACAGAUUUAGUCCCUUCAUGUCCAGGUCAAGCAGACCUACUGCAAAGCCUCUGCUCCACAUGGUCAAAGCAAAGUCAGUCCCAACCAUCACUCAGAGAUAUGGCUAUGGUGGUCCUCAUGUCCCUCCUGCCAGGUCUGGCUUAUUCGGGAACGGCCAAGAGACCAAGCACACCCCGAAUGUAGGAGUGAGGUAUGUGAUUUAUUAACCUUCCCCGACUCAGCACGUCCAAGUGAGGUAUAAAACUGCUUUCUAUGGAUUCAAGCUCAGCUCACUCGGAGGGUCACCAGACCUGGGGAACUGCUGGCUUUAAACAAAACAGGGGGUGGCAGCAAGAGGCACCAGGGGGAUGAGA